AUGGUAUGGUCUACAGUUCAAGAUCCAGCAAUACAGCCACGCCCCCCGAUGGGAUUCAACAACUGGGCACGCUUCAUGUGCGACCUCAAUCAGACGCUUUUCACUGAUACUGCAGAUGCCAUGCUUGAGAAUGGCUUGCUUGACGCUGGCUAUGAAUACAUCAAUAUUGAUGACUGUUGGUUGGAAUACUCCAGAGCUGAGAAUGGAUCACUCGUCUGGAACUCGACGCUCUUUCCGGAUGGACUAAUCUGGCUUGGCGAGUACUUACACGAGCGUGGGUUUAAAUAUGGUAUCUACCAAGAUGCUGGUAAUCUUACUUGUGGAGGCUAUCCUGGAUCAAGAGACUAUGAGGACCUCGAUGCAAAAACGUUUGAAGCUUGGGGCAUCGACUAUCUAAAGCUCGACGGCUGCAAUGUCAUCAAUAACACAGACCCUCGACCUAAGGUCGAGCAGUAUCGCGUCUUGUAUGAAAAAUGGCACAAAGCAUUGGAAGCAUUAGAUAAGCCAUUAGUGUUUUCUGAGUCUGCACCUGCAUACUUCUCUCCAGAUUUUCAAACGCCUCCACACAGCAAUAACACUGACUGGUACACGAUCAUGAAGUACAUGCCCGAGUACGGCGAGCUAGCACGGCACUCCAACGAUGUGAAGAUAUGGGGCUUUGACGGGAUUUUUGAGCCGGGCGGUCAUUGGGACAGUAUCAUGACCAACUACGGCCAUAAUACCGAACUUGCGCGAUACCAGCAAAAGUGUGGCUUCUACAACGACCCCGACUUUCUGAUUCCUUUUCCGGAUCUGACUGAAGAAGAAAAACGGUCGCAUUUCUCGCUGUGGGCCAGUUUCUCGGCACCACUAAUCAUUUCAGCGUACAUUCCAGAGCUACCCGAAAGUGAUAUCAAAUACCUGAGCAACAAGGACAUCAUCGCCGUAGACCAAGACUCUCUGUGCUUGCAAGCUACAUUGGUCUCUCAGGAUGGCUACUGGGAUGUUCUGACCAAAAGCCUCGAGAACGGUGACCGACUGCUUACCGUACUGAAUCGUGGCAACAACACAAACUCAACAUUGAUUCCUCUCGAGCGGGUUGGGAUAUCCCCUGAUCAUUCUUAUAGCGUGAAAGAUCUCUGGACAGGCAAAACAUUUACUGUAUCGAAGUCCAUCUCGCUGCACGAGAGACCCUCACAUUCGACAGCUGUGCUUCGCAUCCGAGGCAGACACGCACCCAAACUCGACAUUACCCCAACGGGAAUGAUAUUCAACACCUACACAGGCCAUUGUCUGACUACCACACGGUUAGGCGCACAAUUCGAGACCUGUAACGCUAGCGACGAACAGAUCUGGCAGACGACAGCCCAAGGCGCUCUUACCACUCUUGGAGCCAGAGAUACUUGCUUGGGCCACAAUGAACGCGGCAACUUGAAAGCCACAGCAUGUCAUGCAGAAACCGGAAAUGUAUGGACCUAUUAUCAGACAGGAAAUCUGAUGGCUGGGAAUUCGGCCUUGUGCCUGGCUGAGGCACCCAGUGGGCAAGCAGUGCUUGAGCCUUGUCAUCCGAAGGCCGAUCCUCAGGUUCUUGAACUACCUGGGGGCGUGACGAUACACUGA